ACAAACAGUCUCCGCACGCCGAGAAUAAAUGAAAGUAUAAGAUAGUAACAACAUCAUCACACAUGGUAUUCAUUUUGUAUCAGGUUAGAAAAUGAUGUAGCGUUAACACGUCAUUAACAACAUUACAGAAAUGCACUUUGUCAAGGUGUGUUUGGAAGAAGCAGCAGGAAGGUCGUGUCUGUCAUGUCACAGCAUGGCUUAUUAAGGAUGUGGAGGGCAUGUCGUGUCCUGAGUGGGAGGUUGCCAGGGAGACUCUACUCCAGCAACCCUCCAAAACCUUCAUCCUCCUCCUCCUCCUCUUCCUCCUCCUCAUCAUCAUCAUCGCUGUCAAACUCUCCUCUGCGGCCUCAGGCAGAGAAACACAGGCGGAGAAAAGAGAGAGAAAGGGCCAUACUGUCAGGUCAACACAAUCCCACUGAAGAUGACAGUGUGAGAUGGAGCGAGAAACAGAGGAUAGAGUAUACUGCUCAAACACCAGCUGGGACAAAGAAAGACACCAGCCUGCCGUUCCCAUCCUCAUACAGCCCAGAGUAUGUAGAGCCCAGCUGGUAUCAGUGGUGGGAGAAGGAGGGAAUGUUCAGCCCUGAACAGCAUGAGACGUUAUCGCACGCUGUGGAUCGGACCUUUUCACUGUGUAUCCCUCCACCAAAUGUGACUGGUACUCUGCACCUGGGCCACGCUCUUACUGUAGCUGUAGAAGAUGCUCUGGUUCGAUGGAGAAGGAUGCAGGGCCACAGAGUGCUGUGGGUUCCUGGAUGUGACCAUGCAGGUAUCGCCACACAGACGGUGGUGGAGAGGAUGCUGCUGAGGGACAAAGGGAAGCGCAGACAGGAUUUCACCAGAGAAGAGUUUCUACAGGAGGUGUGGAAAUGGAAGAACGAGAAGGGAGGAGAGAUCUAUCACCAGCUGAGGAGGCUGGGAGCUUCUCUGGACUGGAGCAGAGCCUGUUUCACCAUGGAUCCAGGUUUCAGCAGGGCUGUAACUGAGGCGUUUGUCAGGCUGUGUGACUCAGGUCUAAUCUAUCGUUCAGAGGGAAUGGUCAACUGGAGCUGUGCUCUGGAAUCUGCCAUCUCUGACAUUGAGGUUGACUCAAAAGAGCUGUGUGGACCAACCAUGUUGUCUGUUCCUGGUUAUGAACAGCAGGUGGAGUUUGGAACAAUGCUCACCUUUGCAUACCCUUUAGAAGGCAGCAAUGGAGAGGUGUCCGUGUCCACCACUCGUCCUGAGACUAUGCUGGGAGAUGUAGCUGUAGCUGUUCACCCUGACGACCCUCGAUACCAGGCUGUUCAUGGGAAGCAGUGCCUUCACCCCUUCACUAACAGACUGCUGCCCAUCAUCACUGAUACAAUGGUGGACAUGGACCUAGGAACAGGUGCAGUGAAGGUGACUCCUGCUCAUGAUCACUCUGACUUUCUGCUGUCACAGAGACACUCACUGCCACGUCUCACUGUGAUUGGAGAAGAUGGGAUGAUGACUCCACUCUGUGGACACUGGCUGGAGGGAGUGAAGCGUUUUGAUGCCAGACAGUUGGUCACAGACGCCCUGGCUGAGAGGAAGCUGCUCAGAGGAAAGAAGAAUCACGCCAUGACUUUACCCAUCUGCAGCCGCUCAGGUGAUAUCAUCGAGCCUCUUCUAAAGAAGCAGUGGUUCAUCCACUGUCAGGAAAUGGCUAAAAAAGCUGUACAGGCUGUGGAGGAAGGACAGCUGGAAAUCAUCCCUCACUUUUACACCAAGACAUGGAAGAACUGGCUGUCCAACAUCAGUGAUUGGUGUAUUUCCAGGCAGCUUUGGUGGGGUCAUCAGAUCCCUGCUUACAGAGUGGAGCUUCCCAAUUCCACUGACAAACAAGAGGAGCACUGGGUUUGGGGAAGGAGCGAGGAUGAGGCCCGACAGAGAGCUGCUGUCAAAUAUGGAAUGAAGCCAGAGGACAUCAGUCUGACUCAGGACUCUGAUGUUCUGGAUACAUGGUUCUCCUCUGGGUUGUUUCCAUUUGCCAUGCUGGGCUGGCCUCAGCAGACCAUAGACCUCCAGCGCUUCUACCCCAACAACAUCCUAGAAACAGGAAGUGACCUAAUCUUCUUCUGGGUGGCGAGGAUGGUGAUGCUGGGUACAGAGCUGACUGGCCAGCUGCCAUUUAAACAGGUUCUGCUUCACUCUUUGGUGAGAGAUAAACACGGCAGGAAAAUGAGUAAAUCUCUGGGAAACGUCAUUGAUCCUUUAGAUGUUAUACACGGAGUCUCUUUGGAGAGACUUCAAGAGAAAGUGAAGGAGGGAAACCUCGACCCUAGGGAGCAGAUGGUUGCCAUGGAAGCACAGAGGAAAGACUUCCCCAUGGGGAUCCCUCAGUGUGGGACUGACGCUCUGAGAUUUGCCCUUUGCUCUCACAAGAUACAGGGAGAAGACAUCAGUCUGUCCAUCUCUCAGGUCCUGAGCUGCAGACACUUCUGUAAUAAAAUGUGGCAGACACUGAGGUUCACACUGGGAGUGCUGGGUGACAGCUCAGCAGCAGUGGGAGCACUGGAGGAGACGGCUCCUCUGAGCAGCAUGGAGCGCUGGGUGUGCUCCAGACUCUACAGCACAGUGAAACAGUGUGAGCAGAGCUUUGAAGCCUACGAGCUGCACACUGUCACAUCUGCCCUGUACUCCUUCUGGGUCCACAGCCUGUGUGAUGUUUACUUGGAGUGUGUGAAGCCUGUGCUGGUGCAGCAGGAUGACACAGAGCACAGUAGCAGAGGCAGGCAGGUAGCCAGCAGCAGCAGCAGCAGCAGCAGCAGUGUUCUCUAUCACUGUGUGUCUGUGUCUCUGGCUCUUCUCUCCCCCUUCAUGCCCUUCCUCACUGAGGAGCUGUGGCAGAGACUCCAGCCAUUCAGACCUGGAGCUGCUGCAGCCCCAAUAAUGAGCCUGUGUCUCCAGCCGUACCCCUGCUCCUCUCAACUGGCACACUGGCAUUUCCCUGAAGAGGAAAGGGAUUUCUUACUGGUCCAGGAAGUGAUCCGUGUGGCCCGCUCUCUGAGAGCUCAGUGUGGUAUGACCAAAGAAAAACCUGCCAUGUGGGCGGUGUGUUCACCCAGCCAGGCUCAGAUCCUCCUUCACUUUGGCUCUGCAGUUUGGACUUUAAGUCGAAUCUCCAGCCUCCAUAUCUACUGUCCUCAGGCAGGAGAAGGUGUCCUCUCUGUCCCCUCCACUCCUCCACCUGAAGGAAGCCUUGUUGGUGUGGUGGACCACACAUGUCAGCUGCACCUUCAUGUUCAGAAUGGAAUGAGAGUUGACAAACAGAUCACUCAGCUCACUCAGCGCAGAGUCAAGCUUCUUCCCAAACUGGAGGAGAUCCUCAGCAGAAUGCAGUCACCACACUACACGAGCAAGGUGCCAGCUGAGGUCAGGCAGCAGAUGGACAGGAAGAUGUCAGCCUUGCAGCAGGAACUGAAGAACAUUGAGGAUCAGCUGAAGUUGCUGCAAGAGACACAAACAACAGAGUAAUUACAAGCAGCAGGUGUUAGAAUGUUACUUUGUUGGAGGACUAACCAUUUGAAAGGAUGGAGAAAUCUGGGUUUUUUGCUUUAAUACUCGACAUUUAUUUAAAAAACUGUCUACUACAAUUUUUACGGUUGAUUUUAAAGGAGCACACCACCAAUUUCACAGUUCUCAUUCAAAUAAAUUGUCAUGUGAAAUACUAUCCAGUCUCUGAAAACAUCUGUACUGUUAUAUAUAAUAUAUAUAUAUAAUGUCUUACCUUCCUUGACUCUGGAGGAAGAUAUUGAAUACAGUGUACAAAAGAUAAGAGUUCAAUAUUACACAACAUCAGGACUUAUAGUAGAAAACAUACUUAAACAAAAACAGAACAAAAACAAGUGAAAUAUAUAUAAUAAAGUUUAAGGUUGUCACAAGUUCAUUUAGAGUAUGGAGAGAGCUGAAAACUACAGGAUCAGACAGCCAGUUACUCUUUAUACAUCCUUGCAGAUAACAGGUUUAGCCAUUUUCAACCCAUAAAAUGCUGAUUUAGCAGAAAAAACAUGUUGAAGUCUUUAGUUAUAAUUGUUAAUAUAUUGUGAAAUUGAUUUUUGUAUGGAUACCCUGCAGCCCUGUCUUCCUUUAUGUGCAAGAGAAGCAGGAAUUUCAGUGAAUGUAAUUCUGAGGUGAAAAUAAAACUCUUUGGUGUCUGUGAAUCUGAGGUUGGUGGGCUGUAAGAGAGUCAUGAUGAAUAUAUACAUAUAUAAUUAACUUGUGCACAUAAGAUAAUAACUCAUUCACACAAGAUAAACAGGUAUCACCUUUCAGACUUUAGGGGCUCUCUACAAAUUCUUUUUUCAAAAUCACUUACAUGUCUUGUUAUAAUCAGGCUUUCAUGCUACUAAACUAAACUAAACUAUUUUUAAUUGGAUACAUAUUUUAUUGGAAGCCAAAAUAAACUCACAUUGACUCACAUUCCAUUCAAAGUUACCUGACAUUUUAACCACAGUAAAAACAUGGUGUGACAUAAAUCAUCAUCUCUCCAACCAAUUAUUUUAUUUUUGAUC